AUAAGAAUCUUUCUGCUCAGUGGAUUAUUGAUUAAGAAAAGCCCCAAAAACAAUUUGUGUCUAUGAGAAUCUAGAGUUCCAUUUUUGAAAGGAAAGCAUUUCCAUAGCCUCAUAGGGCUUUGGAAUCUCAGAAAAGUGAGAAGAGAAUGAGGGAAGAAGAUACAAAGAGGACCAUAGAUUGCCUGAGAGGGAGAUUAGUAGCAGAAAGAGCUGCAUCAAGAAAUGCUAAAGAAGCAGCUCACCUAAUGGGAAACAAGUUAAUGGAGCUGGAGGCAAUGUUGAAAGAGGAGACUGAAUUGAGAAACCGAGCCGAAAAGAGAUUUAAACAUGUGAUGAAGAAGCUUGAGUCCAUCAACAUUUCACUCACAUUGCAUGAAUCAGAGAGCUGGAGUUUGACAGAGGGCAGUGAAGAUUCAUCUGCUUCUUCAUACACAGCCUGUUCUACCUCUAAAGACUUGAAACAUACAAUGCUCGAAACCCAACAGGCCAUGUGUUCUUCAUCUUCUUCUGUUGGUGAUUCUCAAGAAACAAUGGGAAAUGGUAAAACAGAACAAAAUGGGCACCUUGAAUUCAUUAAAAAGAAGGAUCUUCGUGUGAAGGAUGAUGGCAACAGCAUGGGAAAACUGUUAGAAGAGCAGGCUGCAGACAGUGAAGAGAAAGCCGAUAACUCAUUGGCAUUUCUAGCACCAGUUUGUUCACCGAAUCGAAGCCAAACCAUCGAUCCCGCAGUUGUUCUUCACGCAAAUAACCUGAGAGAUGUUCUUGAUUCUCUAAGGCAUGCCAGAGAGAAACUUCAAAAUCAGAUGGAGAGAAGACACUUGAUUAGAGUCACAUAUCUGCCAAAAAAGGUCAUAUCUCAUGGUUUGUCCUUACACUGUGGCAUUAUAAGAGAAAUGUGUCACCAUCAGUGACUUAUUGUUCAACUUUCAACAACUAUGCCAUUGCACAUCACACAUUUUUAGGUCCCUGGGAUGCUCCGUUCCAAAAUUGGAUAAUUCAUAGUGUGUCAAUUCAAUGGCGGAUCCAAGAAUUAGAGAGAUUGGGGGCAAGAGGAGUUUCAGAGUCUGAAUGGUUAAGAAAUCUUAUCUGAAUUG